CUUGAGUGCGCCAUUUUGAAAGUGUAGUACUGGGGAGAGGCGACAGCAGAGGCGAGGGAAAUCUCAAAGUGGAGUUCAAAGUCUAAAAAGACACUUCUCGGGCUUGUUGUUCACUUGGAUUUUGAUUAAAAUUGUCUCGGAACUGCCCGAAUUACCCGGAGCCGGAACUUGCGCGGGUCUUCGGACUUCACGAGCAGCUCUCCGCCGCCUCAUUCCUCCACUGCACUUCGGUCAGAACCACCCAGCCGACCCGGGUCAGACUCCAGCUCCAGUCCAGGGCCGGAGCCACUGAGACCCGCUCAGUGUGAGCAGCUCACCAUGGCAGGGGCCGUCGGUGGGAACAGUGAUGUUCAGUGGUGCUUCUCCCAAGUCAAAGGAGCCAUAGACGACGACGUAGCAGAACCCGACAUCAUAUCAACGGUUGAAUUUAACCAUUCUGGGGAGUUGCUGGCUACCGGGGACAAGGGUGGUCGUGUUGUCAUCUUUCAACAAGAGCCAGAGAGUAAGAAUCAGCCACAGUGUCGAGGCGAGUACAAUGUUUACAGCACCUUCCAGAGCCACGAGCCCGAGUUCGACUACCUGAAAAGCCUUGAAAUCGAGGAGAAGAUCAACAAGAUCCGAUGGCUGCCUCAGAAAAAUGCAGCGCAUUUCCUUUUAUCUACGAACGACAAAACCAUAAAGCUGUGGAAAAUUAGCGAGCGCGACAAGAGACCGGAGGGCUACAACCUGAAGGAAGAGGACGGACGAUACAGAGAUCCCAGCAAUGUCACAACACUACGGGUUCCAGUAUUCAGGCCCAUGGACUUGAUGGUUGAGGCCAGCCCCAGGCGAGUGUUUGCGAACGCACACACUUACCACGUCAACUCGAUCUCGGUCAACAGUGACCAUGAGACGUACCUGUCUGCAGACGACCUGCGGAUCAACCUGUGGCACCUGGAGAUCACUGAUCGCAGCUUUAAUAUUGUCGACAUUAAACCAGCCAACAUGGAGGAGUUGACCGAGGUGAUCACGGCAGCAGAGUUUCACCCGAACCAGUGCAACACCUUUGUCUACAGCAGCAGCAAAGGCACCAUCCGCCUGUGUGACAUGAGGGCAUCGGCGCUGUGCGACAAAUACAGCAAACUCUUCGAAGAGCCAGAGGAUCCAAACAGUCGCUCGUUCUUCUCUGAGAUCAUCUCGUCCAUCUCCGAUGUAAAGUUCAGUCACAGCGGACGCUACGUGAUGACCCGUGACUACCUGACCGUCAAAAUCUGGGAUAUCAACAUGGAGACGCGACCAGUCGAGACAUAUCAGGUGCACGAAUAUCUCAGGAAUAAAUUGUGUUCACUGUACGAGAACGACUGCAUCUUUGACAAGUUUGAGUGCUGUUGGAACGGGAAUGACAGCGUCGUGAUGACGGGCUCCUACAACAACUUCUUCAGGAUGUUCGACAGGGGCUACCAGCAGGACGUCACCCUGGAGGCGUCGCGGGAGAACUGCAAGCCGCAGUCCGUCCUGAAGCCUCGCAAAGUAAGCACGGGUGGGAAGCGUAAGAAGGAUGAGAUCAGUGUGGACAGUCUUGACUUUAACAAGAAGAUCCUCCACACUGCCUGGCAUCCUCUGGACAACAUCAUUGCGGUGGCCACCACCAACAACCUGUACAUAUUCCAGGACAAACUCGACUAGCGCCGCUGUUGUUCUCGUCGAGCCGCUCGGAUCCGUUUUCCGCUUCAGCCCCACUGCUCCGACACACACACUUAACAAACAACGUCUGUCCGUCUUUGGCUUAAAUCCACAGAUCCACGCUCCAUGUGUAUUAGAAAGACUAGGGUUUGUUAAUCUGAGGCCAGAUUAAGGAUAUUUUUCUCGACUCACUCCAUUCAGAGUCAGUGUUUGCAACUCCACUACAUCCCAAAUUAAAGGGAAAAUUGUGUGCCAUUGUGACAUGAUUGAUUUUUUUGUUUUAUGUCACAGCUAGCAAUUAUUGAUUUGUUUUUGUAGUUUUAUUAUUUUGAAUUACAAAUUCUCUCUAUUGUUUAUGUCUUUGUGUCACACCACUAACACUCCACAUCUGCCCCAAGUGUUUGUCAAGUUGCCAAGUUCACCACCAAAAUACACACAGUAAAAUGAUGCUGUUUAAA